CGUAUAGCCAAUAGAAACACGAAUCCCUGGCAGCUGUUUGAUGACGUAUGUGAUCUGAAGCACAAAACCGCGUGAAAAUGCUCUUCUAUUCCUUCUUCAAGUCCUUGGUCGGCAAAGAUGUGGUGGUGGAGCUCAAGAAUGACUUGAGCAUAUGUGGAACAUUGCAUUCAGUCGAUCAGUAUCUGAACAUCAAACUGACAGAUAUCAGCGUCACUGAUCCAGAGAAAUAUCCUCACAUGUUGUCUGUGAAGAACUGCUUCAUCCGUGGCUCAGUGGUGCGGUACGUUCAGCUUCCUGCGGAUGAGGUGGAUACACAACUUCUUCAGGAUGCUGCACGCAAAGAAGCCAUGCAACAGAAGCAAUGAUAUGCUUUGAUUAGGAAUAGUUUCUGUUUUGAUGGACUGUUCACAAACGUUGUCUGUGAAGUGAUUUUCAUUUUCUUACAUAAAAAUAAUGUAAAGUUUUUAAGUUGAAAUAUUUGUUUUGUAUUUUUUGUCCUAGUUCUAAUAAAGAGGGUGUGUCUGUCCCCAGUUAGAGGUUGUGUGCUCAUAAUUUCUUAAUUGUUUGAAAGAAUCUUGGGCUCCAUCUGUUGUGUUUUACUGUGGUUUAAAUUCUUCAGUUGUACUGUGACACUAGAAUAAAGUGUUUUCUGUUGUCCCAUUUUUGAUGUUAAAAGUUCAGUGUAUACUUAAGGUAAUUUUCUAAUAAAAUGUACCCAAACUA